AUGUCAAAUCUUACAAAACUAGAAUUUGUGGCUCUAGACAUCACUGGAAAUAACUAUUUAUCAUGGGUACUAGAUGCUGAAAUUCACUUAGAUGCAAAGGGUCUUGGUGAGACUAUUAAGGAGGGAAAUGAAGAAAGUACACAAUAUAAGGCCAAUGCCAUGAUUUUCCUUCGCCAUCACCUCCAUGAAGGUCUAAAGACCGAAUAUUUGACUGUUAAGGACCCUCAAAUUCUUUGGGCCAAUCUAAAGGAAAGAUAUGACCACCGAAAGCUGGCGGAGCAAAACAACGAGCUGCUAAUGAAAAACCAUGAAUUACACCUAACUGGCUCUGCUCCAUUCCCUGAAGCGAAUGUGAGUUUACACAAUGGGCAAGAAUUAAAAGAAACACACCAUGCAAAUAGUAGUGUAUGUGGUCGUGGUCGUGGCCGAGGGCGUGGCCGCGGACAUAGAUAUGGAUAUGGUCGAGGUGGUCGUUUUAAAAAUUCACAUUCCUACCAGAAGUGGGAUCGAAAAAAUGGUAACAAGGAAGAGAAAGAAAAAGGUGAAAAUAUGACUAAUGUAUGCUAUCGUUGUAGAGGAAAAGGACAUUGGUCUCGUGUGUGUCGCACACAAAAGCAUCUAGUUGAUCUUUAUCAACAGUCCAUAAAACAGAAGGGAAAGAAAGUAGAAACCAAUCUUGUGUAUAAAGAUGGCGAAGGUGAUUUUGAUGAUGGCAAUGCAAUCCACUUAGAAGUGGCUGAUUUUCUUUCUACCCCUGAAGGAAAUUAUUAA